UGACGAUACCAACUUUCGGUAACCCCUGAGGACACGGUUGUCAAAUUUCACGUGCUUUAUGUCAGGGAUUUCCUCGUCAUGUGUGGUGUUUUCAGUUUGGUUUCGUGAUAUUGUGUUGAACGAAAAUCAUUGAAUGGCAAAUGGCAGGUUGUCACUUAAGAUCGCAUCUGUUUUUGCAGUCUAGGCUGCUUGCAACCAAGACGUGCCACGGACGCUGGUUUUUAGAGCAUUCCCGAUCUUUCUUCAAUAUUUCAUCAUUAAGUAAAGAUUAUCGGCACUGUGGUGUUGUUUCUAACAGACGAGAAAACACUCCUCUUUUGACAAAUAUUUCACAUUUUGAAGAAACACAGUUGAGAUACCUGCAUUUUUCAAGGACAGUAUUAUAUCCUGACAAGGAAACAGACAGUAAGAAAGAUACUGGUGAAAAAACUGACAAAGUAGACAGUGGAAAUACCACAAAAUCAGAUCAAGGUGUCAAUAGUCAAGCUGAAAAUGUGCCAGAGGAGAAGUUGUCAGUAUUUCAGAGGUUUAAGAAAACCUACAAAGAGCACGGGAAAGUGUUAGUUGGCGUGCAUUUAGUGACAUCUGCUGUGUGGUUUGGUAGCUUCUUUUAUGCAGCCAAAGUUGGUGUAGACGUUAUACCUGCUAUGGAAUGGCUUGGACUUCCUGACAAAGUUAUCAACCCUUUCAGAAAUUCAAGCCUGGGUGAUAUAGCCCUGGCAUACCUGAUGUACAAGCUGGCAACACCGGCUCGAUACACUGUGACACUGGCUGGCACAAACUAUGCCAUUAAAUAUCUGAGAAAAGUUGGUAAAAUGCAGCCAAAAAAUAAGAAUGCAAGUUUUCGAGUACUAGCUAAAGACUCUCGAACAGAACUGAGAAAAAGGAGAGGAGAGGUUCAGAAGAAGACUAAAAACCUAGAAACAAGACUGAAAGAAAGGCGAAUCAAAGUGAAGGAUAGAUAUAAAAAAUUUAGAUCAAAGCUGAAGGAUAGACGGUUAAAAUCUCAAGCCGCUAGAAAAAGCAGGAGGUCUCCAAGAUCAAAAAGAUGAUUUAUGUGUCAUCUAGUUUUUAAAAGUCUAUUUUGAUGGUAAAUCUGUGAUCUGAUGGCACAGGAGAGCUUAAAGAUAAUUGCAUGUUAUCAAAUGGUUUUGUUUAAUUAUGUUGCUAGAAUAGGCAGUAUGAUAAUUUACAUUUAUAUCUGUUGUUUUUUUUUUAGCUCACCAGAGUACAAAGUCAUUGUCCGUCGACGUCCGUCAUGCGUCGUCCAUCAACAUUUGCCUUGUGAACACUCUAGAUACCACAUUUUUGAUCCAAUCUUUAUGAAACUUGGUCAGAAUGUUUGUCUUGGUGAUAUCUAGGUCAAGUUCAAAACUGGGUCAUGUAGGAUCAAAAACUAGGUCAGUAGGUCAAAUCAUAGGAAAAGCUUGUGAACACUCUAGAGACCACAUUUGUGACCCAAUCUUUAUGAAACAUGGUCAGAAUGUUAGUCUUGAUGAUCUCUAGGUCAAGUUCAGAAUUGGGUCAUGUGGGGUCAAAAACUAGGGAAGUAGGUCAGAUCAAUGGAAAAGGUUGUGAACACUCUAGAGACCACAUUUUUGACCCAAUCUUUAUGAAACUUGGUCAGAACGUUAGUCAUGAUGAUCUCUAGAUGAAGUUCGAAACUGGGUCAUGUGGGUUCAAAAACUAGGUCAGUAGGUCAGAUCAAAGAAAAAGCUUGUGAACACUCCAGAGACCAUAUUUUUGACCCAAUCUUUAUGAAACUUGGUCAGAAUGUUUGUCUUGAUGAUCUUUAGGUCAAAUUCAAAAUUGGGUCAUGUGGGAUCAAAAACUAGGUCAGUAGGUCAGAUCAAUGGAAAAGCUUGUGAACACUCUAGAGACCACAUUUUUGACCCAAUCUUUAUGAAACAUGGUCAGAAUGUUAGUCUUGAUGAUCUCUAGGUCAAAGUCGAAGCUGGGUCAUGUGGGGUCAAAAACUAGGUCACCUAGUCAAAUCAAAGAAAAAGCUUGUGAACACUUUAAAGGCCACAUUUGUGACUCAGUCUUUAUGAAACUGGGUCAGAAUGUUUGUCUUCAUCAUUUCUAGGUCAAGUAUGAAUCUGGGUCAUGUGGGGUCAAAAACUAGGUCACUAGGCCAGAUCAAAGGAAAUUCUUUUCAACACUCUAGAGACCACAAUUUAAGUUUGAAACUCAUGGGAAUUAGUCAGAAUGUUUGUUCUGAUAAUCUAUAGUUUAUAGUUCGAAUCUGGGUCAUAUCAUAUGGGGUCAAAAACUAGGUCACCGGUCAAAUCAAAGGAAAAGCUUGUGAACACUCUAUAGAGGCCAAAGUUGUAACCAGAUCUUUACGAAAUUUAGUCAGAAUGUUUGUCUUGAUGAUCUUUGUCAAGUUCAACUCUUGGUCAUGCAGGGUCAAAAACUAGGUCAGUAGGCCAUAUCAACUCUGGUGAGCGAUGUAUAGGGCCAUCAUGGCCCUCUUGUUUAAAGAAAGUGUGAAAUAUUUAUUUAUGUCUGUGUUAAGUAGAGUUGGAACAUGUACCAACUAGCAGUACAUAUAUAUUUAAUUUUCAUGUUGAAACAAGGAAUGACUCCCAGUGGUUGGUUUAGGAAAUGAAAAGGAUGUUAUGGUGACUCCAAGUUGUACAGUAUUCGAGUACUGAUGAAUACAAAGUUACUGAACAAAUUAUCAAGACAAUGUUCUGCUGGCUAAUAUAUUUUUUAGCUCACCUGUCACAUAGUGACAAGGUGAGCUUUUGUGAUCACGCAGCGUCCAUCGUCCGUCGUCCGUCCGUGCGUUCGUGCGUGCGUAAACUUUUGCUUGUGACCACUCUAGAGGUCACAUUUUUCACGGGAUCUUUAUGAAAACUGGUCAGAAUGUUCACCUCGAUGAUAUCUAGGUCAAGUUCGAAACUGGGUCACGUGCGGUCAAAAACUAGGUCAGUAGGUCUAAAAAUAGAAAAACUUUGUGACCUCUCUAGAGGCCAUAUAUUUCAAUGGAUCUUCAUGAAAAUUGGUCAGAAUGUUUACCUUGAUGAUAUCUAGGUCAAGUUCGAAACUGGGUCACGUGCCUUCAAAAACUAGGUCAGUAGGUCUAAAAAUAGAAAAACCUUGUGACCUCUCUAGAGGCCAUAUAUUUUACAAGAUCUUCAUGAAAAUUGGUCAGAACGUUCACCUUGAUGAUAUCUAGGUCAAGUUCGAAACUGGGUCACGUGCGGUCAAAAACUGGGUCAGUAGAUCUAAAAAUAGAAAAACCUUGUGACCUCUCUGGAGGCCAUAUAUUACAUGAGAUCUUCAUGAAAAUUGGUCAGAAUGUUCACCUUGGUGAUAUCUAGGUCGAGUUCGACCUCUCUAAAGGCCAUAUUUUUCAUGGGAUCUGUAUGAAAGUUGGUCUGAUUGUUCAUCUUGAUGAUAUCUAGGUCAAGUUCGAAACAGGGUCAUGUGCGGUCAAAAACUAGGUCAGUAGGUCUAAAAAUAGAAAAACCUUGUGACCUCUCUAGAGGCCAUACUUGUGAAUGGAUCUCCAUAAAAAUUGGUCAGAAUGUUCAUCUUGAUGAUAUCUAGGUCAAGUUCGAAAGUGGGUCACGUGCCGUCAAAAAAUAGGUCAGUAGGUCAAGUAAUGAAAAAACGUGACCUUUCUAGAGGCCAUAUUUUUCAUGGGAUCUGUAUGAAAGUUGGUCUGAAUGUUUAUCUUGAUGAUAUAUAGGUCAGGUUUGAAACUGGGUCACGUGCCAUAAAAAACUAGGUCAGUAGGUCAAAUAAUGAAAAAAACCUUGUGACCUCUCUAGGCCAUACUUUUCAUGGGAUCUGUAUGAAAGUUGGUCUGAAUGUUCACUUGAUGAUAUCUAGGUCAAGUUUGAAACUGGGUCAACGGCGUUAAAAAACUAGGUCAGUAGGUUUAAAAUUAGAAAAAUCUUUUGACCUCUCUAGAGGCCAUAUUUUUCAAUGGAUCUUCAUGAAAAUUGAUCUGAAUGUUCACCUUGAUGAUAUCUAGGUCAGUUUCGAAACUGGGUCACGUGCUGUCAAAAACUAGGCCAGUAGGCAUAAAAAUAGAAAAACCUUGUGACCUCCCUAGAGGCCAUAUUUUACAUGAGAUCUUCAUGAAAAUUAGUGAGAAUGUUCACCUUGAUGAUAUCUAGGUAAAGAUCAAAACAGGGUCACGUACCUUCGAAAACUAGGUCAAUAGGUCAAAUAAUAGAAAAACCUUGUGACCUCUCUAGAGACCAUAUUUUUCAAUGGAUCUUCAUGAAAAUUGGUCAGAAUUUUUGAGUCGGCUAAAGGCUGAAAGCCUUUUGACGAGUCCUUGCUGUUCAGCGAUUCUCUAAAUGGACCGAAUAACACGUGAAGGGAUGUAGUGCCAUUAGAUUUCUCAAACUUCAAACAGUUCUCUGCAUGAAUGAAGUUAAGUUGUGUCAAUUCCCUUUGCUAUGACCAAUAUACGAUGUAAUCUGUCAUAUUUAUGACUUGUAAUUGUGCAAUACUCGAAUGUAACUCAUUAAGCAUAAAUGUGCAUUUUAAGAACUGCGCAGGCUUACAAAGCUUGGGUAACAUCCAGCGAAAGACAAAAAAUAGUUCCACAGGGCUCCAGAUAACAUGCGUAUUAGCGUAAAUUACGUAUAGAAAUAAUGCAGAUACGCAUGUCUAAUAAUUUCUAAGCAUAUAAAAACGUAUAUAAAAUUACAGAAACGCACACAAUGCUUUUUUAAAAACAAAAUCUGAAUCGUCUGGAUGCGUUAGGUAACAUAGCCGAUCAGCCUUAAUUCUCCCACAUUGAACGUAAACACGCAUUGUAUGAUUUCUAUAAACUUUGCAUGGGUUGAAUUUUGCAGUCAGUAAACGGAUAAAUUAUCGGAAGAAGAAGCUCUUACUGGUUUGUUUAGUUACUACUGAUAUUAAAAAUGAUUUUAAUUCUUAUUUUUCGAGAAAUAAACAAAUCGGCGAAACAUUAAAUUGUAUUUUCUUGUAGUUUUUGAAAUUGAAAGUAGAUCGUCUAUGUUUGGCUGCUUUCACGAAACGAAACAACUUUUUUAUGAAAAGAUUUAAAUAAGAGGUAAUUUAACCGUAAACUUCAAUGUCAGAUACUGCCAAUUGCUGCUAAAUGUCUUCGUAUCAUCACAAUUUGUAAAAUAUAUUGUUGAAACUGGAGAAAAGUGUAAUCGUAUCCAGAUAUAAUAUUUUGGGUAAACUAUCGAGCUGUGUUAUGAAAUUUUAAGAAAAAAACUAAAAACAAACUGAAACUGGUAGACUAUACUGUCAGUACAUCAAUCAUUAGCCCACUCAGGCCCUUCAGGCCUUUGAUUAUCUUGAUAAUAUCUAGGUCAAGUUCAAAACUGGGUCACAUGAGCUCAAAAACUAGGUCACUAUGUCAAAUAAUAGAAAAAACGACGUCAUACUCAAAACUGGGUCAUGUGGGAAGAGGUGAGCGAUUCAGGACCAUCAUGGUCCUCUUGUUUUUAAAAAUACAAAGCAAUAAGUGAACACAGGCUUUUGCCUCUAUGAGGUGCAGUGUUAUCUAGUUUUAUAGAUUACAGCAUAUGUGAUACCAGUUUAGUUCAAGCAGUGAAGUCACAAUAAAAUUCCUUGGCAAGCUUUCUUGUUUUUGCUGGACUAACCCAUCCUUACACUUUAUUCUGACUCUAUUUCAAAGGAUCCUGAGAAAGGUCUACACACUUAUUUAUUAGGUGAUCACAUUAAGGAAAUGAGGGGUAUUUCCAAGCUAUGAUUAUUUCUUAAGUUAUUAAUACGGCUAGAAUAGACCAUUUAUUUUUCAGAGAUAUUGUGAAAUAUUUUGUAUCUGUUUUAUACGAAAGACCAGAGGUGACUUCAUGAUUUCAUGAUUUCUUGAUGUAUACAGUCAAAGUACAUGUGAUAAAGUGCUGUUCAAUAGAAAAAUAACUUGUCUCGAUUUGUUUUCUACUUAUUAUGAAUGGCUCUGUAUAUUCUUCAAAAAUCUUAAGUUAAACUGCUACAUGUACUGUAUUGUUUUGGAAUGUUAUAAAUAGGCCACAGGCUUUUGCCUAGGAGAGUUGCAGGUUUUAUUUAGCUGAACCAUGUUUUACAGUAUUGAAACAAUUCCAUAACGUUAUAUGCUUGUGGAUUAAUUUCACCAUGGUGUAGCCUGAGUGAAUUAUACACACAGCGUAUAACCAAUGAGUAUUGUUGAGAUAUGUUAAAACAUGCUUUUGCUAAAUACUAUUUCUGUUCUUUAAGUAUUUUAUGUAGGUCAGAGACCACCAAUUCAAAAAAGUACAGGGAACUUACUGGGAAUGAGGUAAGUGUAUACCUGGGAAUAAGGUAACGUCUGUGCGUUCUGAUUGGUCAGUCAUGUAAACAAACCCAGGAAGUGAUUAUUUUUUCAAAAUUGAUAUUUUUUCACUGCAUUUACAGUAUUUUAUUAUACAUUUGACAAAAUUUGCUACAUUUUAUGUGUAUUGAAAAAAAGUUUUAUCAAACGAAUUUCUCCCGCCAUGUCAAUGAUGUAAACAGGGGGUCAUCUCAUUCACACGAAAAUUACUUAAAUAAAGUAUCACUAAACAUACGUUUUUCGUCCGAUAUUUUGGUAGAACUAAGAUAGUUCUUGAAAAACUUGUAAUUAGAUAUACAUGUUUCGAUGUAUGGAAGGCCGUACACGCCAUAAUGUUACAAUGUAAGUCUAUGGGAAAACAAUUGGUGGUCUCUAACCUGUAGACAAGUAGAUGAAAUGAAGAAGAACUAUUUCAUAGGGCAUGUAUAGUGUUAGAUGUUGUAGGUUGACUUGACGUCCAUGCAUAACUGUAUUUUAACAGUGUUAAAAGAUGGGAAGUAAAACGUCCCAGGAAAUAACUUAGGAUUAUGUAGACGUCUCAUGAGUUAUUUUUCAUGCCUUAUAACCUAAUAGUAUACAGUGUUUGUGAAUUAUGUACAACAUCUUUCCUCUAUAUCAUUUUGACUUUGAAACAUCUUUUGUAUGAAAUAAUAAAUAAAAUAUAGGAGCACUCUUUCUUGGCUCCUUUAUGGCACCAAAACUCUACAUGAUAUCAGACUUUCAUGUUUUAACAGAAAUGUGCAUGGAUAUUUAGCUUAACUAUUCAGAGAAUAGUCCGAGUCCGUGCUAUUCUACUCACCCUACCUUGGUUAAAGUUUUGCUUGUAAAUAUGUAUAGUUAUCAUUUAAAUGCAUAUUGCUUUGAAACUUGCUUUUUUGAGUCGGCUAAACGCUUUCAAGCAUUUGACGAGUCCUUGCUAUCGCCCGAUUUCUCAUUCUUAAAUGGCCUCACAACACAGCGAAGUGAUGUAGUUCCAUUAGAUUGUCUCUAAUUUCAAAGAGUUCAUUGAUCGAAUGAAGUUCAUUUAUGUCAAUCCUAUUUGCUAUGACCAAUAUAUGAUGUAAUCUGUCAUAUUUAUGACUUGUAAUUGUGCAGUACUCGAAUAAAGCCACGUAUUUUCUUCCGCGGUAACUCAUUAAGCAUAAACACGCAUAACGAUUCUGCGGGAUUUGGUAAUACAUUUGCGCAUAUGAUUAUGGUGACGAAUUUUAUGCCCUUUUUUCACAAAAUAGCAAAUAUGAUGUUCACAAAUUAAAAUAAAAACUGCAUAUUAACUUAUUAGCCAAAUUAUCCAUUUGUUACCCUGUCCGUUUCAAAAAAUAAUCUUUAAAAUCAUUGCGCAAAUAACAAAUUUAUUGCGCUGUGCAUUUUAUGAAUUGUGCAGGCUUACCAAGCUUGCGUAACAUCCAGCGAAAGACAAAAUAUAGUUCCAGACUGCUAGUAUUUUAUUGAGUGGGAACCUCUGAAAGCAUUGGAAUGUCUCUUAUCAAAGAGUUUACCACAUCGAUGAAAUUAAAUUAUGACAGCUUCAUUUUAAAUGACCCAAAUAAGAUAUGUGUAGUACAUUAAUUCUUCCGCGAGACUUCGCGGAUGAAUCCUAACUACAUUCUGGACACUUGUCGGCGAACACGCGUGACCUGUUUAUAACAACGCUUCUACGACUUUGCGUGGGUUGAAUUUUGCAGUCAGUAAACGGAUAAAUUAUCGGAAGAAGCUCUUACUGCUUUGUUUAGUUACUACUGAUAUUAAAAAUGAUUUUAUUUCUUAUUUUUCGAGAAAUAAACAAAUCGGCGAAACAUUAAAUUGUAUUUUCUUUUAGUUUUCGAAAUCGAAAGUAGAUCGUCUAAACCGGAGAGACAGCACGGCCAUUAGAAGGCUCUGAAGAAACAUUUGGCUGCUUUGACGAAACGAAACAAUUUUUUUAUGAAAAGAUUUAAAUAAGAGGUAAUUUAACCGUAAACUUCAAUGUCAGAUACUGCCAAUUGGUGCUAAAUGUCUUCGUAUCAUCACAAUUUGUAAAACAUAUUGUUGAAACUGGAGAAAAGUGUAAUCGUAUCCGGAUAUAAUAUUUUGGGUAAAUAUCGAGCUGUGUUAUGAAAUUUUAACAUUCAAGUAACAUAAAUGAUAGAUAUUAUUGUAACAGAAAUGAUUCUAGAAUUUAUUUUUAUAACACCUACAUAUAAUCUAUAUCAGACUCAUAUUCUAGUCCUGAGGCAUGAUCUGAAAGUAAAAAGAUGAAGUGACAGUCAUACUUUGGAUAUUGUAAUACUAGAAAGAAUCUAGGAAAUAUUUAGAAAUUGAAACAGAAGAUUUUCAGUUAAAAUCGCACCAAAGGCUGUAUCAAGGGUCUACAUAUUCAAAAAUUUCUUGUGGUAAUACCCCAAACCCUACUUGCAGGAGGGGGUAUCCUCCCACACCCUUCCCCCAUAUUGCCACUUUACAGUUUGAUACAUUUGCCCUUUUACCACCUGCCGCAAUGCCCAUUUCAAAAUCUGACUGCAAUUUAAAGCGGAAAGAAACACCCCUCCCCACACCCACCCUGCUACCGAACACGUAAAAAUGGCUCAAACAUUUUUCUGCCCAGUCUGGGCCUGUCUGUCUACAUGAAUCAAAAUGGAUAAUUGAAAGUGCAUGGACUUCGGGAUUACAGACAUGAUUUUUAAGGGGUUAACAGGUCUGAAAUAGAAUAAAUGAUAGUUUUAACUAAAAAAAGAACUGCAUUUUAUUAAUAUCGGUUACACUAUAUAUUGACACUCAGCAACAUUUACAUACAUGUAUCUCUAAACGCAAAAGUAAGUAUACUUUAAAUUGACAUCACUUAUGAUAUGAUUGAACAAUACCUAACAUAUGACAAGGCUAUCGCCAGGCCCAUUAUAAUAUCUGUAAAGUAUCAGUUCUUUCGUCCAUCCGUUACAAAUUGUAUGUGGCAUUAUCCGCGCUGUAAAAUUUUAAUAUAUAAAUUGUCAUAUUCAAAUUUUAUCAUGUGCGAAUAUAUACCAGCCGAUAAUUGCCUCUUUUGGCAAUGCCGGAGGCAAAUGUUUACUGGAAAAAUAUAUGUAUAGUCAUGGGCAGUAUCUUAGUGUCAGCUGUCAAAUUGUAGUUUGUAGUCCGAAUGUUCAUUACAUUUAUUGUAACAAAAUCUCUCUUUUAGUUGGGGAAAAAAACUAAAAACAAACUGAAACUGGUAGACUAUACUGUCAGUACAUCAAUCAUUAGCCGACUCGGGCCCUCAUUCAGGCCUUUGAUCUUUUUUUUAGGUCAAUUACCAACCUCACUGGGUCAAGUCCCAUAACUCUUGACAUGUAUUUUAGGCAAAAUAUGGCCCCUUUUGGAUUUAAAAAAUUCGGGUUGAAGUUUUGCAUGCAAGUUACAAUCUCCAAAACUAAUGCAGAUAUUGAAUUGAAACUUCACGUGUCUUCGGAGGCAUAAAACUAGGUAAUAGCAUCAAAUCCCAUAACUUUGACAUUUAUUUCUACUAAGCAGUGUGCUUUUUAUGCUCCCGGCAUCUAAUGAUGCGGGAGGCAUAUAGUGAUAGUCCUGUCCGUCCAUACGAGGUUAACCAAAUGGGACCGUUUCGUCUAGCAUCAAUACCCCUUACUAGAAUGACUUGAUACUAAUGUAGAUGUAACCUGUGACCAUUCCUCACCUUCAAACAGCACCUGACCUCAGUUUGACCUUGACCUUGACCUCGUUUUGGACUAAGGUUGCUUUAUAUGGGCCAUCUCUUAGUUAACCAAAUGGGACCAUUUCGUCAAUACCCCUUACUAGAAUGACUUGAUACUAAUGCAGAUGUAACCUGUGACCAUUCCUCAUCUUCACACAUCACCUGACCUCAGUUUGACCUUGACCUUGACCUCGUUUCGGAGUUGGGUUGCUUUGUAUCGACAAGGAUGCCACUGGGGGCAUCAAGCGUUUAUUGAACGCAGCUCCUUGUUUGGACUUUGAAACAUGCAAGUUACUAUCUCCAAAACUAAUGCAGAUACUGGAUUGAAACUCUAUAUAUUUUAAACAUUUAGGGUAAUAUUCCUGCUUCUGGGACAACAGUUCGAAUAUUCAAGCAUUGCCUGUCUUAAGGACAACUCUUGUUCAUAUUAGAAUCAGUCUUACAGAAUAUAUUCAUUGUGAUACAAGUUUAGUUCAAGUAGUGAAAACAGAAUAAAGUUACCAUUAGCAACCUUUCUUGUUUUCUCUGGACUAACCUUUUCUUUCACUAUGUUUUACCCAGAUUUAAUAGGACAUAGUUUUUGUUGGCAGUGCUAUUUCCAAACAAAUGUGUGAUGGGAUUGCACUCCUUGAAAUCCCUAAUUUUCUAUACAACAUCCACUUUAUACCUGUUCAUUCUGCCCCAAAGGUUUAUUUUGAAAUAAACUGUUAAACUUGAACAA